AUGUUAGGCAAGCAUCAACCUUCGAGAGCCUCCGUCAGUGCGGGCCUCGGGCGUUGCGCUGCCGCUCGUAGCCCGACCAAACUGGACCUCCAUAUAUCCAAAAUUGAAAGUGCGAAGAUGGUUAUGUCUGAAGAGGAAAUCACAAGGCUGUACCGAAUUCGGAGGACUGUGAUGCAGAUGCUGAGGGACAGGGGUUACAUGGUCGGUGACUUUGAAAUUGACAUGACGAGGUAUCAGUUCCUCCAGAAGUUUGGGGACAGUUUCAAGAGGGAGGACCUUUUUAUUAUGAAAGGCAUGCGCAACAAUAGCUCAGAGCAGAUCUAUGUGUUCUUCCCUGACGACCAGAAGGUUGGUGUUAAGACAAUGAAGACUUACACUAAUCGAAUGAAGGAAGAAGGUGUUCAUCGGGCAAUUUUAGUUGUCCAGCAGAAUUUGACUCCUUUUGCUCGUGGCUGCAUAAGUGAAAUAUCCUCAAAAUUUCAUCUGGAAGUUUUUCUGGAGGCCGAGUUGUUGGUCAACAUAAAAGAUCACGUUCUCGUCCCAGAACAUCAGCUGCUCACACCUGAAGAAAAGAAGACUUUGCUGGAAAGAUACACUGUGAAGGAAACCCAGCUGCCUCGUAUUCAGAUAACCGACCCGAUUGCCAAAUACUAUGGGCUGAAGCGCGGACAAGUUGUGAAAAUUAUCCGGCCCAGUGAGACGGCGGGACGCUAUGUGACCUAUAGAUACGUGGUUUGA